AAUCACCUAUUCACUAUUCAAUUUAACAAAAUCCUUAAUGACCUUCAUGAUAAAACCAACACUUCCAAAGGCAAAGAAAUUAAACAAGUUGCAAGAAACCAUCAAACAUGAAAAUUAGUAACUUACUAUUGGUGGUAUUCUUUCUACAGACAUUAAUCUCAUCAGUUACCCCAAGAGAAGAUCACACAAGGGACCUUAUUGCAGCCACCGAGGAGAUGCAAAAAGCAAAUUACUUCACAUUUGUAAUGUUAAUCAAAAUGUCUUCACCUGACACAAGACUUGAAGGAAAUGUAACAUUCUUGAUGCCAAACGAUCGAAUGCUCGCUAAUGUAACGCUUCAAGAAGGAUCUAUAUAUGAUUUCUUAUUAAGACAUUCAAUCCCAUCACCUUUACUAUUUGACGUCUUAAAACAAUUUCCAACUGGGACAACUGUUCCUAGUUUACUGCCAAACUGCACCUUGAGGAUAUCUAACAGUGGUAGGAAGAGUUUUGUUGUCAAUAAUGUGAAAAUCAUUAGCCCAAAUAUAUGUAUGGGUGGAUCUUCAAUUAGAUGUCAUGGUAUAGAUGGGGUUUUGUCAGAAACAUGUAUAAUAGAGAAUAACUAUAGUAUUCCUGUACCUGUAUCUUCAUAUCCUACUAACAUCACAAACACUUCUUCUAAUGCAUCACCUCCCAUUCCAUCUCCUUCAUCUCCAAGAGACAACCUUAGCCCUCCUACAUGGACUGCUCCCACUCCAACGAUUUCAAAUGUUCAGCCACAUAAAUCAGGGUCUUCUCGAUGGCUUUUGUAUAAUUCACCUUUGAUAUUUGUAGUGUGUUUGAUUUUAUCUUUCAUAGAGAUAUAUUUGUAAUUUGCUCUUUGUUUAGUGUUAUAUAAUUUUCUUUUU